AUGAACAACCCCCUGCUAUCUAUACAGAGCCAGUACUGGGCUGUCCGCGACUAUCUCUCCCCGGUCCUCAAGGAAAGUAAAUUCAAGGAGCACGGUCGUAUCACUCCUGAGGAGUUUGUGGCUGCGGGUGACUUUUUGACAUUCAAGUUUCCAGUCUGGCAAUGGCAAAAGGGAGACGGUUCCAAAGCUCGAGAGUUCUUGCCAGCGGACAAGCAGUAUCUUGUGACCCGGAAUGUGCCUUGUUUGAGGCGAGCCACGGCGGUGGAUUAUACUGGUGAUGGGGAUACAGAGCAGCUCCUAAGCUUCUUUGAUGAGGCGCCUGGACCUGGUAAGGACGAUGAAGACUGGGUAGCUACCCAUAUCGGGCGAGAACCCACACACGACGCUUCCAACAUUGACGAGAUCCCCGAUAUGUCGGACUCUCCCGAGCUCGACGCCUCCUCUGGGCCCGCGCGCGAGAUGGCGGGCCUCGAUCUCACAGGCCAAGGCAAGAUGGUGGAAGAUGAGAUUCCGGAUAUUGAUGAUAUCCCUGAUAUGGACGAGGAGGGUGCCGGGCUGGAGGAUGUGGAAGAUGAUGCCGCGGUCAAGAUUGUGCACCCAUCCGAGGCCGAGGUCAACAAGACUCGAAACAGCAAUCUGCUCCAAGUCCGUACUUAUGACUGCAUAAUCAGCUACGACAAGCACUACCAAACACCUCGUUUCUGGCUGUUUGGUUAUGACGAGGCAAGUCCCAAUCCCCUCACCCCUGCUCAAGUGUUCCAAGAUGUCCCCGCCGACCACGCCUUCAAGACGAUGACCAUGGAGACCUUUCCCCAUUCCGGCGCCCAACUGGCCUCUGUCCACCCGUGCAAACACGCUUCCGUCAUGAAAAAGUUUAUCGACAGGAUGGAAGCUGCCCAGGCGCAGCAGUACGCGCCCGAGCAGCCCGAAGCCAGUGCUAGUGUGGGCGGGGAGAAGGAUAAAGAUAAGAAGAAGAAGUGGGGGAUUGGCGGGAUGGUGAGAAAGGUGACGGGGGGGAGCACGCCAAAGGUGGAGAAGAAGGAUGAUGAUGGAGAGGCGCCAAGUGGGGUACCGGUAGACUUUUACUUGGUCAUAUUCCUCAAAUUCAUCGCGAGUAUCGUCCCCACCAUCGAGGUCGACAGCACCACCGCCACUGGGUUCUGA